AGGUGUCUCCAUUUUCCUUUAUAUCAGACAACCUAAACACUCCCAAAUAUUAUUAAUUAUCCAACACAAUAAGUAGGAAUCUAGAGCUAGCCCAAAGACGUAUCUUGCUCUUAUUUUCAGCUAAUUUCGAUCGUUUAAUUUGCUCUUAAAUCCUCUCUUCAAGAACAAGCCAUGGCGGUUCGAUCAACAGGUCACUUGAAAAGUAUGGUGCAAAGGUUAAGAACUUACACGACACCCAAAUCCAAAGCAUACGCUACAGCGGCGGCAGAGUACGGUGGCCAAAGACCAGCCACCACAACUUCGGCGGCAACAAAAGGUGACUUUGUACCCGUUUACGUCUCCAUCGGAAUGAUUUCACUGUCGGUGUCGUUUGGUCUCUACACGGCGUAUCUUCAUCUCCACGAAAACCCAAGCGUACGUGUCAACAAGAAGACAAGGGAGACUGUUCCCGAGGUUGAGGAUCCCGACAGGGUCCUUAACGAAGCGGAACGGUUAGCCAACAGGUCGUGGUUCAGGAAAGUAGCUCACGUUCAAGAGUUUGACAAGCACGAUGUUAUUCCCGACCCAAUCAGGAAAGACGAGUUCGCUCAUAAACCUCGUGCAGUGACGCUUAAGGAUGUUGGUGUUGAUCCUAAAUUGUCGGCAGCUACGGGUCAUUGAGCUUUUUAAUUAAAGGGACCCGGUUUAUGUUUCUGUAACUCCCAUGUUUUUUUCUUUCUUUGUAUUCAAUAAAACAACUCGUUGACGAGGUGAAGAGUUCUAAGAUGGGUCGAUCAAUGUUUUAUCAUGUAUAUGUGUUUCUGAGAUGUUUUAAGAGUAACAACACAAUUUGAAUAAC